GGCAACCGCGUCAUUUCCGCACCCUUCGCACAGCGUUCCGCGGCUCCGCUGCCUUUUUCCUCCCCCCUCACUCUCUUCUCCCGAAGCAAAUAUUCCAAUCCGACGGCGCCCUGCCCCGAGCCGAAGAAUCCCGUGAAGCCGCCCCCGCCGCCCGGAUAAAAAUUCCCCCCCAUAUCCCCCUCGGGAAGCGAGCGAUUGGAGCGGGGAGGAGUGAGGACUGAGGUGCGGCGGAAGGGACCAGGCCGGAUCAUCGCAUGGCGGAGAUGCACAAGUACGGGCUGUCCAACCAGCCCCCAGAUAUCCCCCAGAUACUGCAGGAAGCACAGAAUCGAUGGCUGCGACCCACUGAAAUCUGCCAAAUACUGUCGAAUUACAAGAAGUUCUCCAUUGCGCCCGAGCCGCCAAACAGGCCUCCAAGUGGUUCACUGUUUCUGUUUGACCGGAAAAUAUUGAGAUACUUCAGAAAGGAUGGACACAUCUGGAGAAAGAAGAAGGAUGGCAAGACAGUAAAGGAAGCUCAUGAAAAGCUGAAAGUUGGCAGUGUUGAUGUACUUCACUGCUAUUAUGCCCAUGGGGAAGAGAAUGAGAACUUCCAAAGACGGACCUAUUGGUUGUUAGAAGAGGGAUUCAUGAAUAUUGUUCUUGUGCACUAUCUUGAAAUCAAGGGUGGCAAACAAAGUUUAAGUCGUUCGAAAGAAGCUGAAGAUAGUCCUGCUUGUUCAAACUCUUUUGCUAGUCAGAGCCAGGUAGCCUCCCAAACUAUGGAUGCUGAAAGCCCAUAUAGUGGACAGAUUUCGGAAUAUGAAGAUGCUGAAACAGAUAAUUCUCGAGCAAGCUCCAGAUACCACCCUUUCGUUGAGAUGCAGCAGCCUGUGGAUGGAGUCAUGAUGGAUAAUCGGUUGGGUGCUCCAGCUCCAAGUACUUCUGUAAAUAAUCUAGGUUAUCAGGAUGAAAAGCAGGCUAGAACAGCUAACAUAAGCAAUAAUUUUGUUACUCACCAUGGCAUAACUAGUGUGUUCAAUGAUGUUGGAGCUGGAUUAAGGAGUGGUUCCAAAACUGCACUCGAUUCAGUGCACUUUGGUGAGCCCUUUCCAGAAUAUCCAACUGGAUUCAUGGAGCCGACACUCUAUUCUUCCGUUACCACCAUGGGGUCUAACAGUCUGGAUGAUAACUCUCGCUUAGAAACAUUGAUGACUGAGGCACUGUACACCAACAACCUUACUCAAAAAGAAACGGAUGCGCUGAGUGCUGCAGGCAUGACGUCCUCGCAGGUGCAUAAUGAUAGCUAUACAGAUGGAAGCAUGGGCUAUCCGCUAUUAAAGCAGUCAUCAUUGGACCUCUUUAAGAUUGAGCCCAAUGGGUUGAAGAAAUUUGACAGCUUCUCGAAAUGGAUGAGUGAUGAACUUGCAGCUGAUCUGGAUAUCAAAUCCAGUUCUGAUGCUUUCUGGAGCAGUACUGAAACUGUAAAUGUUGCUGAUGGCUCUAGUAUGAGUAUACCUAUGAACGAGCAGCUAGAUGCAUAUGCGGUCAGCCCCUCGCUUUCCCAAGAUCAGCUCUUUAGCAUUAUUGAUGUUUCCCCAAGCUGGGCGUACAAUGGCUCUCAAAAUAAGGUCUUAAUUACUGGUACAUUCUUGACAAAUAAAGAACAUGUCGAAAAUUGUAAGUGGUCAUGUAUGUUCGGGGAUGUUGAAGUACCGGUUGAGGUUUUAGCAGAUGGCUCCCUGCGCUGCUAUACACCAGUACAUCAAUCUGGACGAGUUCCAUUUUAUGUGACAUGCUCUAAUAGGGUAGCUUGUAGUGAAGUAAGAGAAUUCGAGUUUCGUGAUUCCGAGACCCAGUAUAUGGAGGCAGCAGAUCCCCAUAUUACUGGUAUCAAUGAAAUGCAUUUACAUAUUCGUCUUGAGAAGUUGCUUUCCCUGGGACCAGAUGACUAUGAGAAGUAUGUUAUGAGUGAUGGAAAUGAGAAGUCCGAGUUAAUCAGCACUAUUGGUUCCCUGAUGCUUGAUGAUAAAUUUACAAACCUGUCAGCACCAUCGGAUGAAAAAGAACUUUCUGCUGCACAGGACAAGAAUCUUGAGAGAUCGGUCAAAGAUAAGCUAUAUUAUUGGCUUAUCCAUAAGAUACAUGAUGAUGGGAAAGGUCCCAAUGUGUUAGGCAAGGAAGGGCAAGGCGUGAUCCAUUUAGUAGCUGCACUUGGCUAUGAUUGGGCUAUAAGACCAAUUAUUGCUGCAGGCGUACAUGUGAACUUUAGGGAUGUGCGUGGAUGGACUGCGCUUCACUGGGCCGCGUCAUGUGGAAGAGAGCGAACAGUUGGUGCCCUGAUAACAAAUGGAGCUGCAGCUGGUGCAUUAACAGACCCAACUCCUCAUUUCCUAUCUGGAAGAACGCCUGCUGAUUUAGCAUCAGAGAAUGGACACAAAGGCAUUGCAGGUUUUCUUGCAGAGUCUGCCUUGACAAGUCAUCUUUCAGCACUUACAUUGAAAGAAGCAAAGGGUUGCAAUGUGGAAGAAAUAUGUGGAUCAGCUGAAGCCGAUGGCUUUGCAGAACCAAGUUCUGCUCAGCUUUCUCGCCAAGAUUCUCAGGCAGAGUCAUUAAAAGAUUCACUUAGUGCUGUUCGUAAAUCAACUCUAGCUGCAUCCAAAAUAUUUCAAGCUUUUAGGGUGGAGUCAUUCCACAGAAAGAAGGUGGUUGAAUAUGGAGAUGAUGAUUGCGGAUUAUCUGAUGAGCGCACUCUUUCACUUGUUUCUCUUAAAAAUACCAAAUCUGGACAGAAUGAUAUGCCGCAUUCUGCUGCAGUUCGUAUCCAAAACAAGUUCAGAGGAUGGAAAGGAAGAAAGGAAUUUAUGAUUAUUCGACAGAAAAUCAUCAAGAUACAGGCUCAUGUAAGAGGACAUCAAGUAAGGAGAAACUAUAAAAAGGUAGUUUGGUCAGUAGGCAUCGUGGAGAAAGUUAUACUGAGGUGGAGGAGAAAGGGAAGGGGCUUGCGUGGUUUCCAACCUGACAAACAACUUGAAGGGCCGUCCUCGCAGAUCCAACCUGCAGAAGGUGGAUCUGCAGAAGGUGAAGAUGAAUACGACUUCCUGAAGGAUGGCAGGAAGCAGGCUGAAGGCAGACUACAGAGGUCAUUAGCUCGUGUGAAAUCAAUGACUCAAUACCCAGAAGCAAGAGAACAAUACAGUAGGCUGCAAGCCUGUGUUACAGAACUACAAGAGUCCAAGGCGAUACAGGAUAAGAUGCUAAGCGAUGCAGCUGGCGUCGAUGGAGGUGAUUUCAUGGUUGAUUUGGAGAAUUUGUGCGCGGAUGAGCUUUUAGACACACCGAUGUCCACUGUUUUGUGACGUUGAUGGGCUUUUACUAGACCAGUUAGGCUGUGACUUGUUCGUUUUACCAGACUAGUUGUAAAUUCUUGUGCUAGAUGUUCACUGCUCACCAUUUGACUCAAUAUAGCUAAUACUGUAAUACAUGGGACACAUAUAGUUCUUCUAUUAGUCACUUCAUGGUUGGUUUA